GGAAGUUGUUCCUGGCGUUGCUUGCGUAAACAGCCACAGACCAAAUAGCCUUUCGCAGAAGAGUUCCGGUGUGAUGUUUUGGGAGUAAAUUUGUAAAAUCCUGACAUUCGCAAGAGCAGCGACGAGCCUGCGAGGGCACGAGUCGUAAUCACGCGAUGGACUUACCGCGCAGCCGCUCAUGAUGGACCACGACAAGUAGCCGCGUGCGCUCGAGACGACGGCCGUCGCGCCCGUUGAGUUCUCCUUUGGCUCAGAGUUUCAGAAUGCAAAGUGACCAGGUGACCCUGCCGGUUGGACAGCUGACCCCUGCGCCCAUCAAGUGGGUCGUGUCCGAAGAUGGCAAAGUGGAAAACGGGGAGGUGGUGACGGCCGCCAGCUGUAAUCAGGCCGAGAACGUGGGGCUCUACUUUGUGGCGGGCAGCGGGCCAGAGGUGGACGAAGAGCACGUGGCACUGCCAGCCACCCCCAGCAGCCUGAUCUCCUUCAGCCCAGCGGACAGGGGGGUACUCAGCCUCUCGUUACCGCGAGACCCAAAGAAGUCCCCCGGUGCGAUAAGCUGCAAGUCACCACGCAUCAAGAUGGAGAGCCCCGAAUCGAAGAACUUCUUGUUGGCGAGGACCAGCCUCCAUGUCAAUGGCAGCAGAGCCCACCUCGGCGGUUUGCAUGACAUGAGCGGCAGCAAAGCCACAUCGACCCCCCGCAUUCUCCACAGCUACUCGGCCCUGGCGGUGAGUAAACAGAUGAAACUGGCCAAGCAGCAGCGGGAUCGGCGGAAGCCCAACUUCACCCAAGAGGAGGUGGAGGUCAUCCUGAGCGAGAUCAAGAAGAACGUGAAAGGCCUGCUGGGCAAAGGGCAGUGGAGGCUGGGCAAGUAUGGGAGGAUGAAAAUCUGGCAGAACAUCGCCCGCAAGGUGAACGCCCUGGGCUACAGCCGGAGGUCCGAGGUGGACAUCCGCAAGAAGUGGUACGACCUGCACAGGACCGCCAACAAGAGCAUCGCCGAGCGACUGCGCCAACUCCGGAUGGCCGCCGGCAAGUCCCCCACGUCCAAGGUGGCAUCUGCACACGAGGACUUGGAAGAGGAGCCUCUGGACCUGCCACCUCUGAGUGACGUGGACACUGCCGAGGAGGGUGACCCACCGGUCUGGCUGGAUGAAGAUAAACCAGAGCUGACGCCGGGGUCCGCGGAGGACUUGCAGAUUAAAAUGGAGAUCGAGGAGCCUGGCGCUGGGACAGCCAGCCUCGACACCCCUGGGCGGCAGUCGUUUCACCUGAGGGGCUGCCAGGUGGUCGUCGAAGUGCUCGAGUCUGAGAAGGAACGUUCCAUAGAGGCCGAAGUGUUCGGGAGGCCUAAGGACCCCUCGCAGAUGUGUAAGGAGGAGGAGUUGUUCAGCUGCCCAUACUGCAGGGCCUCGUUUGCUGGGGAGCCAUUCCUGGAGGAGCACCUGAAGACGAGGCACCCCAAGACCGCGGGGAGCGCACCCGUCCUGCCCCUGGGCCCAUCGACACAAGAGCUGUGUGACUCUUCAUCGUCCUGCAGCAGCUCCUCGUGGUCAGAUGCCCAGUCAGACUGGCGCCGUUGGAAGAUGUUGAUGCGAAGCCGAGACAAGAGGAAGCCCAACUUCACAGAGAAUGAAGUGGACAUCAUCAUCGCCGAGGUGAAGAAGAACGCAAAAGUCCUCUUCAACCGGGAGAAGCAGUGGAACAUGCGAGACAAGAUGAAGGUGUGGCAGGACAUCGCCAUCAAGGUCAGUGCCCUGGGGCAGAGCCGGCGCUCCCGCAAGGAGGUGAAGAAGAAGUGGUACGACCUGAAGAGGAACCCCCGAGAGGGCCUGGCGGAGUGGCUGCGGGCACAGGGCUGGGGCAGUGAGAAGGUGCGAGAGCCACCUGUGGAGCGCAGCGUGGCACCCUCAACGGAGCCAGCCCUGGCAGAGGGAGCCUCGGUGGCAGAGGGAGCCUCGGUGGCGGACGUUAACGAGCGACCUGAAGAGGAGGGCCAUGAUGAACCACCUGAGCCCACGGAGGAGCAGGAAUUGGACCACCCCGAGCAAGAGAUCUGCAGUGCCCCAGAGAGCCUUUUGCAAUGUGAGGAUGCCCAGAGCCCGGUGACAGACAGCGCCCCCUCUGACCUCAGCAACGGCACUUCAGGGCUCCUGGCCGUCGUGGAGCAACUGUUAAAGGCACAGCAGGAGACCAACGCCAAGUUGGACAGCCUGACCAAAACUGUCCGCUGCGGCUUCGCUGACUUUAGUGGCAUCGGCCACAAUGGGCUGGCUGGCAGUGUUGGCAGUAUGGAGCGCAGCGUGGCAGAGGUGAGCAGGUGCCUGGCACAGAUCGAGAGGAAGAUGGACGUGUGGACCGAGAAGAUGAGCCAGGCACAGGCAGAGCAGAUGAAAGUCAUUGAGAACGUGACGGCCACGCUGAACCUCGUCGCCACACAGCUGGCCUUGGUGGCACCCUCUAGAGUCUCGCCGUCUCCCACCAAGCCUCAAAAGUCCUCGUCAGAACUCGAAUCGUGAAAGGGGCGCAGAAAUCCAAAGAGAAGCAAUAAGGCUGCCGCCAGAAGGAACCUCAGCCCACCCCUAGAGGGCGCCGUUCAUCGCUACCUCAACCCACACAAGAAGAAAAUCAGUGGCUGCCAGCAGGGGGCGCCAAAGGGGAAACUGGAGGGCAUUCGGUCUUUAGCUCAAAUGGACACUUGUGAACUCGAGACAUCCUGACAGUGCUGGGUCAAAGACCACCCGGGUCAGUCGCAACUCCUGGGGUGCCCACAGAAACGAGACUUGAAUACAGCCACAGCACUGGACGGGCCUGGGCGCGCUGGCACGCGAGUCCCUGCCACCCUCCAGCGAGAGCUCCGUGCAGGCCUACUUCAUAUAGCGUCUUUCACUGUUUCCAAGCACUUUACAAAACUGAAUGCAAUAUUACAAUCCUGAAGUAACAAAGUCACAUGACGGAGGUCACGUGGAGGGACCAAUGGCGAGGCAGUGGUGGGGACCGCCAGUGAUCGCUGAGGGGGAGACUGCCCACCUCUGACCCUGCUGGGGGGGUGUCGUCAAGGUGAUACCGCUGGGUGCCCAGUGACGCUGGCCAGCCGUGAACUUGACCCAGUUAAGGGUGACACGUGACAAGAGCAGGCAUGGGCACUAUGAACUCUGACCUUUCCCUUCCAUUGGUAGGUUUGUGAGGAGCCCAAUAAAGCCGGCUGGCCUCAGCACAUCA